GACAUAUACCGUUAAAAAACCGGAUUUGAUAAUCGGCGAUAGGUCCGGGACUUUUGUGAAAAUUUGGUGGAUUUUGCUUGCCUGCCUACUCAUUGUUUUGGUUGGUUCUUUAUUUCUAUCGGUCAAAAAAGACGAGUCGGCGUUCCAUUUAACCGUGUUCGCAACCCUAAUUCUGUCGAUUCUUCGUCUCUUCUCUGUUCAUUUUAAUUUAUGUAAUCAUACCGUAAGCUCUCUGCUUAAUAAGAUCGGCGGCUGUUUGAAGUUUUAUGGGCUGGUAUGGUUGAUUAUUGAUUUUUGCGGCGAUUAAUUUGAUACUGAUCGAGGCUUCGUUUUUGUUGAAAAUAAACUAAUAAAGAGAGAGAUGGAUUUGAUUACGAGCUGCAAGGACAAAUUGGCAUACUUCCGAAUAAAGGAGCUCAAAGAUAUACUCACUCAAUUAGGUCUUUCGAAGCAGGGAAAGAAACAGGAUCUUCUUGAUCGGAUAUUAGCCAUUCUAUCUGAUGAACAAGUUUCCAAGAUGUGGGCAAAGAAGAGUACUGUGAGUAAGGAAGAUGUGGCCAAACUGGUAGAUGAUACAUAUAGUAAAUUGCAGAUCUCUGUGGCCCCUGACUUAGCAUCAAAGGGACAGGCCGUUUCAAAUAGCAGUAACAUGAAAAAUAAAGUGGAACUGGAUGACUCUGUUCAGCCAGAUACUAAAGUUCGAUGUUCUUGUGGAAAUUCGCUGGAAUCUGAGUUAAUGAUCAAGUGUGAGGACCCCAGAUGCCAUGUGCGGCAGCACAAGAAUUGUGUAAUAAUCCCAGAGAAACCCAUGGAGGGAAUGCCACCUGAUCCUGACUUGUUUUAUUGUGAAAUCUGUAGACUCAGCCGAGCUGACCCCUUUUGGGUUACAAUUGCAAAUCCUUUAUACCCUGUCAAAUUGACAACUACAAAUGUUCCAACGGAUGGUGCAAACCCAGUGCAGAGUGUGGAGAAAACAUUUCCACUCACUAGGGCAGACAGGGACUUACUUUCAAAGCAAGAGUAUGAUGUUCAGGCAUGGUGUAUGCUUUUGAAUGACAAAGUUCCAUUUAGAAUGCAGUGGCCACAGUAUGCUGAUCUACAGGUCAAUGGUGUACCUGUUCGAGCUAUUAAUAGACCUGGCUCACAACUACUUGGUGCUAAUGGUCGUGAUGAUGGUCCAAUUAUUACACCAUGGACGAAAGAUGGAAUUAAUAAAAUUUUCUUGACUGGAUGUGAUGCUCGCAUCUUCUGUUUAGGGGUUAGAAUUGUAAAGCGGCAAACAGUUCAACAGAUUCUCAAUUUGAUUCCUAAGGAGUCUGAAGGUGAGCGUUUUGAAGAUGCUCUUGCUCGUGUUUGUCGUUGCGUUGGUGGUGGGAAUGCAGCAGAUAAUGCUGACAGUGAUAGUGAUUUAGAAGUUGUUGCUGAUGCUAUUGGUGUCAAUUUACGUUGUCCUAUGAGUGGUUCAAGGAUGAAGGUUGCUGGAAGAUUUAAACCCUGUGCUCAUAUGGGCUGUUUUGAUCUUGAUGUUUUUGUGGAGCUCAACCAACGUUCUAGAAAGUGGCAGUGCCCAAUUUGUCUAAAGAACUACUCAUUGGAAAAUGUAAUUAUUGAUCCUUAUUUCAAUCGGAUUGCAUCUAAGAUGAGGAACUGUGGAGAAGACAUAGCUGAAAUUGAGGUGAAGCCGGAUGGUUCCUGGCGUGUAAAAACAAAAAGUGAAAGUGAGCGUAGGGAGGUUGGGGAUCUGGCGCUUUGGCACUUUCCAAAUGGCUCUAUUUGUGCCCCUGUUGAGGAAGUUAAACCAAUAGUGGAAACAUUGAAGCAUGUUAAACAAGAAGGUACUUCUGAAGGUCAUGUUGGUUUGAAACUUGGAAUCAGGAAGAAUAGCAAUGGUUUCUGGGAAGUAAGCAAACCUGAAGAUAUAAAUACCUCUUCUGGUAAUAGAUUGCAGGGAAAGUUAGAGAAUCAUGAGCCAAAAGUUAUCCCAAUGAGUAGCAGUGGCACUGGAAGUGGUAGGGAUGGUGAAGAUCCAAGUGUAAAUCAGGAUGGUGGUGGGACUUUUGAUUUUGCUAGCAAUGGAAUUGAGCUUGAUUCUAUAUCAUUGAAUCUUGAUCCAACAUAUGGAUUUACUGACCCAAAUCCAUCUGCACCAAUUGCAAAUCCAAAUUUUAUUGUUCUUAGUGAUUCAGAAGAUGAAAAUGACCUACUAAUAUCGCCUGGGAAUGUAUACAGGGAAAAUCAAACUGAUGCUGGUGGCGUUAAUUUUUCAAUACCCCCUACUGGAUAUGUUGAUAACUUUCCUGAUACUUUGGGUUCUAUAGGUGCUGGUGGGAAUUCUUGCUUGGGUCUCUUUGCUGCCAAUGAUAAUGAUUUUGGAAUGCCCCUCUGGUCAUUACCUUCUGGAACCCAAGGUUCCCCAGGUUUUCAGCUAUUCACUUCAAAUGCAGAUGUUCCAGACACCUUGGUGGAUCUACAGCAUGGUCCCAUUAACUGUCAGACACAGAUGAAUGGCUAUACAUUGGCUCCGGACACUGCAAUGGAACCUUCAUCUCUGGUCCCAGAUUCUUCUAUUGGUCAGCCUGCUGCUGACCUCAGUGAUGGUUUAGUUGACAAUCCCUUGGCAUUUGAUAGGGAAGAUCCGUCUCUUCAAAUAUUUCUUCCAACAAGGCCUUCAGAUGUGUCAGUGCAAUCUGAUUUGGGAGACCAAGCCGAUGUGUCAAAUGGUAUCCGCACUGACGAUUGGAUCUCUCUUAGCCUUGGGGGCGGUGCCAUUGGUGGUCACAGUGAACCACCCGCUGCAAAUGGAUUAAAUGCAAGGCAGCCAGUACAGUCUGGAGAAGGUGCCGUGGAUUCUGUGGCUGACACUGCUUCUUUGCUUCUCAGUAUGAAUGACAGAAGAUCUGAGAAGGCAAGCAGGCAAAGGUCAGAUAGCCCUUUCAUCUUCCCUCGCCAGAAACGUUCUGUAAAACCGCGGUUGUAUCUUUCUAUCGACUCAGACUCGUCUGAAUAGAAAUUUUGGCCCCUAUAUCCAUGAAAUCCCUUGUGUACGUGUUUGAACCUUUUGGGUUAGAAGGCCCCUUA